AUGAGUUUCUUCUCCACCGCCUUACCAUUGUGGUUUGGGCGAAUUCAAAGGCUUGUGGGUUCCAUGCCUGUAGAAACGGCACCUUCAUCAGCGAAGCCUCCAGUUGUCACGUGUUGUGAGACUGUGGAGCGUUUGACAAGUUUCUUUGUUUGUGCCACCCAGGUGGCGGUGGCGGACGUCUGUGGGGAUGUUCUUUUUGUCUUGAUAGCCACCGCCGGCGGGGAGGAGGAGUUGGCACUUUUUGUUCUUCACUCGUGCGUUGAGAACAAAAAGUGUUGCUCAAGACCCACCAGUUUGAACUGCGACAAGGAACUUUUGCGUGACACGUCGCAACGACGGAGGCUCUCCUUGUUAGUCAUCUCUCUCUUGUGA